UGUACGGCGUACGCCGAGCUUGAAUCCGUGGCCUUGAAAUAAAUUAAAAAAAAAAUUGACUGAUUCCAAUAUUGAUUGGAUUUUGAUAUCUCAACAUUCAGCAAAUUUUCGGGAUAUCUUUCCUAUUAUAUUCUCGCGAAUAAUCUUUUGAACCGAGCAUUAGGCCCUUUUAAAAAUUAGUAGUUCCUAUUUGUGACAGAAUGAGUCGAGAAAAACGUGAACCUGAUUAUCCUGUAGAGUUAGAAACACAGUUUAUAAUGAAAAUGCCCGUAGAGCCCGCUAAAGCUCUAAGAGAUUUGAUCAGAUCUGGGGAAAAUUUUAAAAAUAGACUUACAAUACAGCUGGAUAAUGAUAUGAGACAUGGAGAAGUAAGAUUUGACCAUUGGUUGUUACACGCUAAAACCGUUGACUUACCUACCAUUGUUGAAUCAUGGAAGACUAUAGACAGAAAAAGUCUUUACAAAACUGCAGAUAUCUCUCAGAUGAUGAUAUGCAAGGAAGAACCAGAUCCUCAUACUGAGGAAGAGUCCCCAGCGAAAAAUAAGAGAAAAGAUCCCCACAAGGUUGAUAAAAAAUACCUAUGGCCUCAUGGUAUAACACCACCAACUAAAAAUGUAAGGAAACGGCGUUUCAGGAAAACUUUACGAAAGAAAUGUUCCGAGGCACCUGAAAUUGAAAAAGAGGUAAAAAGACUAUUGAGGGCCGACAAUGAAGCUGUCAGUGUAACAUGGGAGGUGAUCAAAGAAGAAGAUUGCAUUACUUCCAAAAAUGAACCAACAACUUCUAAAGAGAAAAAAGGCAAAAGACAAACUAAAAGUUCAACUAUUACAAAGCCACCUUCAAAAGUGGAAGAUAUAUUUGGUGGUGCAUUAAGUGACAGUGAUGUUGAAGAUGGUAAUGUUAAUGUUGAGAUAGAUGACAGCCGGCUUUCACUUUAUGAUGAACCUUUAUCAGACACAAGUUCUAUUCAUGGGGUAGAACAAAGUAGGAUUCAUCAGUUAGCCACAGAAUUCAAGUCUGAAAUGUUUGUUACACCUAAGAAAAAGUCACAGUCACAGAAGAGCAGCAAACCUCAUACCGUUGUUUCAGAGUCAAGUGGUCAUUAUUCAGAAGACUUCAGGCAACCAGGUAAUAGCAGUGAUUCAAUUAUUAAGCUGCAGCAACUCAAAACUGACCUUGAAGAAUUGAAACAGAGGAGACAACGUACACAGCUAGAAAUAGCUGGAAUGGAGAAUAUGACAUUGAGGCAAAGAUUUCAAGAUAUUUUGAAAACAUUAAAUAAAGAAAUAAUAACUAAAGAGAUUGAAUACCAAAACUUAAAAUCUCACUUGAAAUAAACAUCACAAGUUUAUAAAUUUUUUACGUGAUAAUUAGAACCAUCUUUGAAUGAAGGCACUAUAAUCCAAACUUUCAACAACUGAGCCCAUAGAAUCAGGGAGCAUUUAAAGUAUUACUAUAACUUAUAAACAAAAAAAAUGUGUUAUAUAGGAUGAAUUCAUGAGAUUCAGACUACAGAGGUGUAGUUAUAGGAUCCUUUGAGACCCUUUUGGUAUGGAAUGUUAAAAAUGAAAAAAAAAAACAUUUUCUUUCAAUGUAAUAUAAUUUUGUGACUUGUUAUCUUGCUAUUUUGAUGGUCUAUUAUAGUAUUGGCCACUUCUUUACUAGUUCAAGUAUUAUAUCUGAAACUUACAUGUAUUUAUAACCUAAAAAACCUCAAGGCACAUAAGGUCAGAGUUUCAUUAGCUGCAUAUUGGUGAAAGUUUAUUUUAAAUUUUUUAUUGAUGACAGAAAGCUUGUAGCGGGCAGUUUAGAUUAUAGCAUUAUUCAGAUGAAGCUGGGGAGGGAUUAUUGACUUUCUACUAUAAUUUAUUCAUAUGAUAUAUGUGUGCUUAAUUAUAACCAAAAUAUAUGUUACUAAUGUGCUGCCAAAGUAAUUACUAUCAUUAUUAUUAUUAUUGUAGCUGACUAAUGUUAUUAUAAAUAAAGCAUGCGUAUCUACCAA